AUGACUUCCUAUACACCCCCAACCGAACAAGACACCAUUGCCCUCCUACAAGCCAUUGAAGCAAAGUUUCCACACAAGACCCUCGGCAGCGAUAAAUGGUAUCUGGUUGCACUCUCUGCUUUGGUCUCUGUAGAACCGGAACAAAUCGCAACUCUGUAUACAUAUCUCAUCAACAAACCCGAAUAUGCCACAUCAGAGGCUCGAAAAGCACUGAUCCGCCGGAUUCGGGAAGCGUUGGUCAAGGGCAUUGCUAUACAUGGUGUUUGCAAACCAAUCGAGGGAAUAAUUUCAAUAGUGCAGGUCGAACGACCAGAAGAUAAAGACUAUUCAUGUUCGAGGGAAAAUUGGGUAACUGGGCCGGAAAAUCUGGCUCGAGGGGAGAAUUGGCUCAAUCAAAUCUACAAAGGCAAUUUGUCCGCUUCAACCGACAAUUUUCUAGCCCACAGAGACUUCGACUUCAUCUCGAGACAUAUCACCUACGGUUUCUAUCUUUCAGAUCAUACUAUACUUGGACCAAUUGAAACAGAACUUGUUGUCCUUUCCGGCAUUAUGAUACAGAAUCUGCCAAAAGAGACCGCAUGGCAUUUCCGAGGGAUAAGAAGAGUCGGUGUCAGUCAAGAAGAUGUAGAAUCGGUACAUCAAUGCGUUGAGCUUGUGGCGAAAUACGGCAGGGUUAGCCUUCAUAAAGUCCCUCGAAUGGCUGAUGUCGAGCAUGAAGUGUAA